GUAUAGGUAUAAUAGGACAGGUCUGUGGUGUACGACAACAGCAAAAUACUGGAACUGGAUACGUUUAGACCUAUUUAAUCUUUGUAUUCGAUGUCCGUGCGUCGCGUCCGUCACUUGAGUACUUCGCCAAUUCAGCGGCACUACGACGGCCGACGGUGAUCAGUGAUCAUCAGUGUCUCACGUAGUCGUAUCCAGUCAGUCUGCACCUUGCUCAAAUGAUCGUCAUUAAGUCGCGAUCUUGAACACCACUCGUUAAUACUCCUCUAAUCGUAAUUAUUAUUAAUUUUAUUAUCGUUUUUUAACGAGACAUGAAUACAUUUUUUUUACUGUCCGUUUACGUCCAUUAACCACUUAAAUAACCGUCGUUAGCCAUCUCGGUCGAACGAAUUUAUAAUUGUCGAAUUAUACUGAAUCAGUGUUAACCUUUGCACUCGCCGUUUAAACGUCGUCUCCGUCAUGAGUGCCGUUAAAAAGAUUGUGUCGGUGGUCGCGUAUCUCGUAAUAUUGGUGACGUUAGUUCAAUGCGAAAACUGUACGGUAAAGAAAACUACGAACGGAACUUUUAUAAGAGAACGUCUGAUGACUUGCCCAUCGUCGGAGUCGGCAAAAGACGCAAAGUUUUGCUGCUACGACAAGUACGACAGCGUCGAUUGCUGCAACGGUGCUGACCAUUUACGUCAUAUAAUUCUAAAAUAUUUGCCAGACCUGUUAACACUUCUGAUCGUAAUUGUUGGCCUGAUAUUGACGUGUUGUAUUAUUUGUAUUUGUAUUCCAUGUUAUUGCAUCAUGAGUCGUCGUCGCCCGGCUUACAAAGAUUCAAACGAUAAUGCAAAUAUGGUUGCUGCCGUUUCUUUGCCCAAUGAAUCUCAAGAACAAAAUAUACCAAAAAAAGAAGUUACUCAUCAUUUACCACCAGGAGCUUAUCCUGUUUAUCCUCAAUUUAUGGGAAUGCAACCAUUAAAAUCGACUGAAGUAAAUUGUUAAAUACACAUCACAAUAACAAUAGCUGUUCUUAAAAAAGCCAAAGCAUGUUAUUAUUAAUAUUAUUAUAUUUAUUUGUGCCAUCAACUGAGAAACGAAGGUUUGUGAACGACUAAAUUUUUCUUUUUAUCCUUAUCUUUAAAUUUUUGACUUUUAUAGUCUGGCUAUCAAAAGAAUAUUAUUAUCUUAAAUAUUAAGUUACCUAGUUUUGAACUGAUUAUGGUUAGAAUUACUUUUCAUAUAUAUGCAUAAAAAUAUAAGACUUCGUGUGUUUGCCUUAAAAUAAUAUACCAGCACAAUAUUUUGUAUAUAUAUUUAUGAAUUAUCAUAAAAUAUAUGAGUCAAUUAAGAAAUAAAUAUUUUGAAAAAAAAAAUAGGAUUAUUUUUGUAUGUUUUGAUAAACUAUUUUUUUUCUCAGAUUACUUUUUGAUUAUUCAAAAUUAUUAUUAUUAUUUUUUUUUUUUUUAAUUACAAUUGUAUACAAAAUUUAAAUAUUCUAAAUUGUUUUAUUUAAUAUGUAAUAAUUAGUUUUAGUUUUCUUUUCGUUGUUCCUGAGUUUUGACGAUUUAUUUGGAAGAAAUAAAAAUCGCAAGGCUAUAAAUUUGUUUUAAUAUUAUUUGUUUUCUGCCUUAUUUGGUUUAUUUUGUUGGUUCCUUUUCUAAACAUUAUUUGUCAAAUACUGAAAUACCAAAUACGUAUUAACUGAAUUGUGAUGUUUUACAUGUGAUUGACUGUCAGAAUUAAUUUUGAUUUUAAAUAAAUACUAUUUUUGCGUAUAUGUACACAAAUACCAAGAUUAAUAUUUAUACUAAUAGUAAUAGUAAUUCAGUAUCGAAUUAAAAUUUAUUUUGUUUUGUAUUCUACUAGAGCUAUACGAUCUUAAAAUUAAAUGUAAUGUCUAAAUAACUAGUAAUUUAAUUAUUAUACUAUGGUGACACAUAUUCUGCAAGAAUAUUAUUUUUAAUAUUUUCCUUUUGAAAUUUAUAUGGUUUAAGUUAAAACUACUGUAUAAUCUGAUACUAUUGUAUCGUUAAAUAAUCUCACUAUGGUUGUGUAUACAAUUUUCUUGUUGAUUCAAUGUUUUUAUUUGAGUUCAAUAGUUGUACUUUCUUAUUUAUAAACAAACUUUUAUAUUUAAUUAAUAACUGAUACAAUGAUUUUUAAUAAGAAUGUGAAUUUCAAUGUAGAAUUUUUUUAUUAAUUAUUAAUAUAAUAUAAAAUUAAUGAUAUUAUCUUAUAUUGUGUAACUUGUUUUUACAAUGUACAAUAAUUCACCAUUUUAUAAACAUUUUUUUUUUUUUUUUAAAAAGACUGGAUUUAUGUUGUAUUUUUAUUCUGAAAUAAUAUAAAAAAAUGUGCAAAUUGGUUUGAAUUUGUUCAUAUUUUUAUAUACAGUAAAACCUUUCAAUGAUCCGAUCCUCGAAUAAUGGAAACUUUUUUACAACGGAAAAAUCAGUUGGUCCCAAGCAAAUCUGUCAUAAGGAGGUUUUACUGUACUUUUAUUAAUUAUAAAUGACUAAAGUUUUUUUUAAUUAUUCCACAAUUUGAUUGUAGAACUUUGAUAGAACUAUAUUUUAUUACAAUGCUAUUUGUUUGAUGUAAAAAGUUCUUGCAAAUGUUUUGUACAGACAAGCCAAUCAUACACAAACAGGAAAAUAAUACCAAAUUAUUUUAAUAUUUAUAAUUUUAAACUCUAUCGAAAAUAUAACUAUGCAAGAAUUUUAAAUCGACACGAAUUAUUAUUAUGCUUUUAUAAUAAUACCUAACCUAAUACAGCCUAUAAUAUUUAUAAUGUAUACAACUAUAUAAAUAUCACAUUUACAUCAUAAAUUUAAUAUUGUACCUACAUAAAUUAAUAUUAUUUUUAUCUAUAAUUCAUUCUACUUGUGUAGAAAACAUAUAAUUUGUAUACAACAUUAGUAAUUUAAUCUUAAUAAAACAUUUAUAAUCAAUAUCAA